AUGAUCACGGCUGAACAGGGCGAUCGUCUUCCGCAUCCGGAUCCGGAUUCCCUUGCAUCGUCCCCUAUCAGGGUAACGGAACCUGGCCCUAGCAACCGACCAGAAGGUGGUCCAUCAUAUGUCUGUCCUUAUGAAGGAUGCAGCAAGGGCUACACAAAACCAUCCAAGCUUGCUCAGCAUAUCCGAAGUCACACAGGCGAGCGCCCAUUCGUGUGCGACCAUCCAGGGUGCGGUGCCAGUUACAUGAGGAACGAGCACCUAAAAGCACACCAACGUCGCCAUCGAGAUGCGUCAGAAAAGCCGUUUGCAUGUCAGUAUGAAGGCUGCACACUCAAGUUCUGGACCUCGAGUCAGCUCAAGAACCACGUACGAGCCUGCCACGACGAUCAUUUUUCCGACGCGAUCGAGUCAUGUGCUCAUGACUACGUCUGCACCGAGGAUGGCUGCGAAAUGUCGUUUCACAAACGCAAACACCUCCGUCAGCACAUCCGCGAACAUCACAGUGGACCUUCUGCUCCGAUAUGUCAAGGCGUCGACGUUUCUAUCGAGCAAGGCCAAGAGAAAAUGCAAAUCUCAGACACACAGGCGCUGCCGUUCGCGUGUCAUUUUCCUGGUUGUAACAAACGUUUUGCGGCGAACUCGAAACGCAAGACACACUCUCGUACUCACGAAGACGGACGAUACACCUGCUCCAUGGAUCACUCGCAGCCUCAACAGGGCGAUAGCCAAGGUUCAGGACCUUUCAUUUACACUUUUCCCACCUGGUCCGCUCUGCAAGCGCAUAUGAAACAAGCUCACCCACCGAUAUGCCCCUGGCCGGAGUGUGGGAAGCAGUUUCAGCGCCAGGACAAUCUCAGAGCCCACUAUCGUAGGCACGAAGAACGAAAACUCCGACUCGAGAUGGAAGCAAAACUCCUCGAGGGCAGCCAUGAGUCUGAACGCAAUCGACUACGCGCAGAAAUGUCGGACGACAGCUAUGCAUCCAUGUCGGAACAAGAGGAGGAGCAUCAUGCUCAGCCACACGUAUCAGGCCAACAUAUGGGAAGCUCAACUCAGAUUGGAUGCCCAUCGCAUCACGAGACAGACGGGCAGACAUUGCCGCAGCAAGGAAAGCGCUUGCUGACGUGGGAUGAAAGUUUGAGCUCGACGCUCGUCCAAUCUGCGCCACUCACAGAGGAAGAGCUCGUUCGCAAAGCGGCUCAGCUUCAUUCAUCACGACCUCGACGGGGCGGUGUGUUCCGCGACCUCAGCUCUCCCGCUCUCAGCGUCGUUUCGUCAUCCUCAGGAAAGACAGGGUCCGCUCGUCUGAGAAGCAUCGCGACCUCAAUCACAAGUGUGCGAGCAUUGCCUUCCGCCUUUGCGUGCACGUGGAACGGAUGCAGCAAGGUGUAUACUCGCAAAUCCACCUUGUCUAUUCACAUUCGAAGCGCACAUCUUGGUGAGAGACCUUUUGAAUGUUCCAAUUGCGGCCGCAGGUUUGCGCACAAGCAUCUUGCAUCGCGCCAUCGCAGAGUCUGCACCGGGCUGCAUCUAUCGCCGGAGGAGGGAGCCAAUAGUGGUAGCAGACUCAGGUUCUCCCUCUCUGAACAGCCCGAGCAGAUGGAGGGGAAGGACUCUGAUGAAGCCGAAGACGAUUCGCACCAGGACAGCGGGUCGGAAACAUCUUCAACGACAACAACAUCCGAAGACGACCAGGGGAUAUACAAAGAGGCAGUGUCUGUGCACGGAACGAAUUCUACUUCUUCUGCGAUCAAGCCAAGGUUGCUUGACCUCCUGACCGGCCGAGGCUAUUCGGCCUCCCACAACGGCCCUCACGAGGCUGCGUCUCCCCAACGUUUGUCGGUUGAUGCCAGUGAACCUGCUCCUAAGAAACGGCGCACAACCCGGAAUCGCAUCUUUGGGUGUCCUUGGUCAAAAAUUUGCUCGGCGCUGGAUAAACAGAUGAUCGAUCCUGAACUGUUUAUGACUGAUGCUGUCGACACAGCCCCAGCCACGUCUGAUACCCAGCUUUUGGGAACUAGCAGCGUCACCGCUACGUGUGAGCAUCGCUUCAAACGCAUCUACGAUCUGCGACGUCAUCUUCGAGCACAGCAUGGCUUGGAUCUUACAACAGAAGAGCUCUCAGCCAUCACACAUCAAACUGCAUGGACUCAUGUACACUAG